CAGUUGUUAGCACUUUAACAAAUACUCCAAUUGUUGUGAUUCUGCGAAGUUCUUUCAAAAGAAUUAUGGCGCGACUGGGAUAGCCAACCAGUUUGUGACCAGCAAAACCUCCAAUCAAAAAUCGAGAAAGAGUAAAGAAUAGCGUAGAAAUGAAUGAAAUUUAUAAAAUUUGGAUGGAACCAGGAAGAAAAUGAGUGAAAUGGUAGGUGUGGAAAAAAAUCCUUUGUUUUGUACUAUGUGAUUGGGCCUGCAGCCACACAGCCCAGAACCCAGAGCAUAUAUAGUAUAAAAUAAUUUGGUGGGAAUCGUACGUACUAAUAGUAGAAAUGAAACCGCCGGUAGGAAGAAGGCGCGGCCAUGGAACCCCUCUGUUCAGAUUUUCUUCUUUCUAUUCGAGGCUUCGUUUCAUCCUUAUUCUUCUUGCUUUCGUCGCCAUUUUGCCUCCCCUUUUCUUCCACUUCAGGCUCCGCCGUUUCCAUCAGACACAAUUAAGCAGGUGCGGUUGGCUGAACAAUCCUCCCCUUGUGUGUGCUCAUGGUGGUGACUCAACUAAUGCCUUCCCAAACACAAUGUCUGCAUAUGGUUUUGCUCUUCGUUCUCAAGUAGAUUGCAUUGAAAUUGAUGUCUCUCGCUCAUCAGAUGGAGUUUUGUUUGCACUUCAUGACAGGGAUUUGCAGCGAAUAUCUGGUAACAACACUUCUAAAGUUGGGCAUUUGAGAUCACACGAGAUAAAAGAACUUGAUGUCUAUCAUCAGUCUGGUAAUUCAAAGAUUCCUACAAUUGAAGAGGCUUUGACGUUUAUAACGACAUCAGUUAGGCAGGUGAUUCUAGAUGCCAAGGUGGGGCCUCCAUUAUAUGAAAAGGAACUUGCAAAAGAUAUUCUUUCUGCUGUGAGUUAUUUUGCCCCUUCUGCCUUUGUCUUGAUUUCUUGUAACUUUUGAUUUAGAAAUGUGUAA